AGUUCCCUUCAAUCUCUAUACCUUUAUUGGCAUGUUGAUGCUGCCAGUGCGACACAAGCGCUCGUCCUCUGCAGUUGACAUGGAUAUCUCAUGGAAAAUCUUUUUCUUGGGUGUUCUGCUCACAUUAAAGGGACAAGCUCUCCCCGCAGAUUAUGGUGGAGAUGCUGAUGCUGGGGAAUUGCGGGAGGACAUUCUUGAAAUAAAUUUAGAAUCCCAGAGAGAUUUGUUUGAGGGAGACAUUGCUGUGGAUCCAAGAAGGAAUGCUAUUGUGGAUGAAAAAGCAAGGUGGAAGUUUCCCAUCCCCUAUAUACUGACUGAUAGUUUAGAUCUUAAUGCAAAAGGUGUAAUCCUUCAAGCGUUUGAAGUUUACCGCCUGAAGUCCUGUGUGGACUUUAAGCCCUAUGAAGGAGAGAGUACCUACAUUUCUUUUACCAAGCUGGACGGGUGCUGGUCAUUUGUUGGAGAUUUACAUACAGGGCAGAAUGUCUCUAUUGGAGAAAGAUGUGACACAAAAGCCAUAGUAGAGCAUGAGCUGCUCCAUGCUCUGGGCUUCUACCACGAGCAGUCACGCUCAGACAGGGACGACUAUGUUAAAAUCUGGUGGGACCAAAUCAUUUCAGGAAAGGAGCACAACUUCAACAAAUACACUGAUGACUUCAUCACCGAUCUGAACACACCAUAUGAUUAUGAGUCUAUCAUGCACUACAGGCCUUUAUCUUUUAAUAAAGAGCCCGACAUUCCCACCAUCACCACAGCUAUUCCUGCCUUUAAUGAGAUCAUUGGACAACGUCUUGAUUUCAGCGCCAUUGAUCUGGAGAGGCUGAACCGCAUGUAUGACUGUGCUGAGACUCAUACACUGCUGGACCAGUGUGCCUUUGAGCAGAUCAACAUCUGUGGGAUGAUCCAGAAUGAGAAUGAUGAUGACGACUGGGUGCAAACUUUGAGCUCCACGGACAUAAAUGAUCACACUCUAGGAGGACAAUGCAGAGAUGCUGGCUAUUUUAUGAAAUUUGAUACUGCUAACAAAGAGGUUGGACACAGUGCUAUUCUGGAGUCUCGCAUUCUAUACCCUAAGAGGGGCUACCAAUGUCUGCAGUUCUUCUACAGGAUUAUUGGAGGUCCGGGUGAUAUGCUGGUGAUUUGGCUCAGAAUGGAUGAUGGCACUGGCACUGUGCGCAAACCCAGGAAAGUGCACACUAUUCAUGGUGAUGAUAACAGCUCAUGGAAGAUCGCCCACGUGACUCUGAACACCGAAGACAAAUUCCGCUACUUUUUUCAGGGCACUGUGACUUCAAAAAAGGCAUUUGGUGGAAUUCUCAUUGAUGACAUCAUUCUGUCUGAGACCACCUGCCCAAGUGGUGUCUGGAUGGUCCAGAACUUUACCGGAUUGCUUCUGAGCACCGCACACGGCACAAGCGUCCGCAGUGAUUGUUUCUACAACUCUGAGGGCUACGGCUAUGGCAUUGAUGUGUAUCCUAAUGGCAGAAUUAAUGCGUCUGCAGACUAUGUGGGAGUAACUUUUCACUUGUGCAGUGGUGAGGAUGAUGCAGUAUUAGAAUGGCCAGCUAUUAACAGGCAGGCUACCAUUACUAUAAUGGAUCAGGAUCCAGAUGCGACCCUCCAGAUGUCCAACAGCAGAAGCUUCACCACUGAUAAAUCUGAAUUGUGGAAUAAGCCGUCUAUAUUUGGGACAUGGGAUGACACCUGCAAUUGCUUCAGAGGACCCGAGUUUGGCUGGAGCACCUUUAUCUCCCAUCAGCAGCUCAAGAGAAGAAGCUUCUUGAAGAACGAUGACUUAAUCGUUACUGUUAAUUUUGAUGACUUGACUCAUCUCAUCAAAUCAGAGGUUCCUGUCCAAAAUGAAGCCUCUUAUGAGUCUCCAGCUAUAGAUAAAAGCGCACCGCUGGGGCCAAAAGUUCGAGAAGCCCGUGCUCUCAGUGACCCCUGUGAGCCUAACCCCUGCAGCAACGGAGGAGUGUGCAUCAAUAGCAAAGGCAAAGCUUCAUGCAGGUGCCCCUCAGGACAGAUGACUGUGUUCUCAGGGGAAGCAUGUGAGAAACAGCACAUUAGUGGAGAAGUGCUGGGGGUUCUGUUUGGUGGUGCUGCAGGCACUGUGGCUCUCGCUGCUGCCAUUAUAGCAACCAUCCGCAGACAACACCGCAGUUCAUUAUGAAUACUUCUAACAUCAACAAUAUAUUUUUAAUAUAAACGAAAUCAGAAUAUGCUGAUGUAUUCAUGAUGCAUUUGUACAGAUACCUAAUCAUCAAGGUAUUUCAGUUAAAAAUAGACUUGUCCUUCAAUGGAUUCAGUCUCUGUAGAGGGAAGACAGAAGUUUAUUUGUUGAUUCAGAAAUGUUUAUAAUUUAUAACAAAAAAAGCUUUCAAUAAACAGCUCAGUUAUCUUC